AUGGCAUCCCUGCUGCGCACGCUCUCUCUGGCCGCAGGGCUUUUGCGCUCUUCUCAGGUUGUCAAACCGUUUGCGGCUGGCAGCUUUGCGACGGCAACGAGCCCGGCCUCCUCAUGGAUGGGAUGGCUGUCCAAGCCCGCAAUUGGAGGAACCCUGCAGCAGACGCGGGGCAUGAAGGUUCACAGCUCGGUCAAGAAGAGGUGUGAGCACUGCAAGGUUGUUCGAAGAAAGGCUGGCAAGCGACACAAUGGAUACCUGUACAUUAUCUGCAAGGCCAACCCUCGACACAAGCAGCGACAGAGCUAA